CAUUACUAUUAUCUCUUGUUCCAGGACCUAAUUCCAGCUCAAGAAACAGAAUCCUACCUUCUGAAAACUCAGAACGCCAUCACUAACCUACAAGCGAAGCUCCAGUCGUCUAGGACGAACAACUUCAGCAACAUUCCCUCACAACUGACCUCCAGUCUCAUCAGCGAGAAGACCGCCAUCACCCGCCUCCCGAUCUCACAGCUCAGCCGCUCCAACUCACUCAACUACCGACUCAGGAGGAAAGACACUUCGAAUGACAGCAGUCCGCUCAGGAGCCCAGGCCAUUACGUCAUCACAGGCUCCACUAAACUCCCCGAAAGCACAAAAAUCCUUCUGAACUCCGCCUCUAGGUCCCUAGACACAGAGAGGCGACACGAUUCCAACAUGAACAGUCCUUGUUCUGAUAGAGGGCUGUUGAGUAACAGUUCUGAUGACAAAACACUGUCGAACCGUCCUCAGUACAUCGUCGAAAGUAUCGUCUCUCCGCACAGAAAAACACACGCGCGGAACCGAUCGUUUGAUACCAGAACUAUGGAUGCCAACGACGUUAGCAACGCGAACCCCAGCGUAUGUCUCAAGACGGUUCUAAAAAACAACGCGUUAGAGUCGAAGUAUCCUCGUAUCGAACCAACACGUUGCCAAGGAGACAAGAAAAGCCACCAGAGAGUUUUCAGUGACGGACUCAAGUAUAAAGCGAAUACCAUCGGUUUCGGCUCAUCGAUUAGACGAUCGAGUUCCUUUAAUACUGUUAACAAGAACAACAAUUAUAUCGAACCGAGAAUAACAUCGAGAAGAUCCAGCGGCCAUUCUGAAGAGUACAAAGAUUAUUCGGAUGAGUCCGACAACGGAUCUUACGAUAAAUCGCAAGAUUGUAGGUACAAAAGACAGUUAAGAGGUAGAAUCGAUUCCCCAGAUUUGAAAUCGGUAGCGCCGGCGAAUUCUCCCCGAAGAUGUCCGAAUACUCCCGAAAUGCACAGGAAAUUCGGUCCGGGAUUGGUCAGGAAUUCAGUUCGCGUGACCAAUAAGGAGCGGUUAGUGAGUCCAAGGGUGUCUGAGCAGCCAAUCGUGAGAGAGGAGAGAUCUAAACCGGCCAAUCACCAGAGCCGAAGGUCAGCGGAGCCGCGGCCGACGACGUUGACAAGACUGACAAAAUCUAGGUCUUCUACGCGGGAAGUGUCCCAGCCUAAGAAUCUAGACAAAGGACAAAAGAAGCCAAGUCAACACCGCUCCUCAUCCGCCCUGGCCACCAAAGAGGUGGAAUUCUCGAAUUGGAAGAAGAGGUCCUCAUACGACCCCAUGAAGGCUGCGCAAGAGGGAAAGCGGAGACAACAGAUGGCUAAACGUCAGGAUUGUAACAAAGAUGAUCUUAGCUCACCAAGCCACUCAUCCCCCGUCCACCGUUCCCAAUCGUUCCACACGACCAAUAUGGCGGACCUGACCCUGGACUACUCCUCAGAGGAGACGGAAGACGAUCAGCUGCUCAUCACGCUCCCCGUCGACCCCAUGGUCACAUCCACACACUCAGACAUCCUGGACUUAAGGAAAGAUUACAGUAAUUUGAGGAAGCAAGCCAUGACUAACGAUGUGGUGCUAUCGAGGGAUUAUGUUACUAAUUUCCAGGUUAACCAACUAAGUCACGCCGAUAAAAAGCGUCGCGAUUCAGAGAAAAGGAAAACCUUCAUCAUAGACGAUAUAACCCCAACCAAAGAGAACAUAGACUUCUUGACAAAGACAAGAGAGGAGGUCACAGACAAGCGUAAAACUUUUAUUCUGGAUAGCGACACAAAUUCGACGACCAAUGGGAGUAGUCCGAGGAAUUCUUCCAUAUUUAGUCAUGAGAAGAACUCGUUGACGACAGGGACGAGUGAUACGGAGGCAGAGAGCGGGACGGAGAGCGCGCCCGUAGUGAUGCGACACGCGGGGGGCAAGCGGGGGCAGCCAGUGCAGGCCAAGCAGAGGUACAGCGGUGACUACUCAAUGUCAUCGUCGACCACCUCUAUAAGCCAGCGCAAGCCGGCGGUCCAGCCGCGGUACCUCGACAUCUCCAAGUACAAGAGCGAGCAGUCCCCGAAGAACUUCCUCCGCCGGGACCCAAGCAAGACCUAUGUCGGGGUGCUGAACAACGACAAGGCUGUCAGCAAGGGAAGUGCACAGCAUUAUGAAAUGG